AUGAUUGAAGUAAGUCCAUCUAGUGUAACGCUGCAGCCAGGUCAAAUAACAACUAUCAAUGUGAAAUAUAUAUUCCCACUGAACUCCACCUAUCUGAAAUCUACAAUACAAAUCAGUGGAACUGGAAGCAACAACACUAAUGAAUCUAUAAUAACUAUUGAAGAUUUUAAAAUAAGUUUGGGCUCUAACUUAUUUUACACAACAACUGCUUACUCAUCUAACUAUUUGUCCACUUAUCCAACCGAUCAAAAUGAUCAGUUGUUAAUAUACUUCGAAAAUAUCACAAACAUUGGUACGGUCAGUGUACCCUUAAUGCGAAACACUCUCAGUCUUUCAGUGGAUAUCCAGUUGAGUGAUAGUAAAAUUGUGGAAAACGGAACUGUUUGGCCGUUGCAAAUCACUGGUCGAUUCAAUGUUGUCACUAAUAUUAGCAAAAUAUCUGUGAGUUGUGUAAGAACAGGGUCAGAAAAACCAUCAAUUCAGGUUGUCCUAUCUCAACUGUCAUCGUUCACAUUCAGUGAUUAUCCUGAUAGAGAUGUGGUGUAUCUUCAGACAACCGUUCAAAUGAUGAAUGGUACCGGAUUGGAAUGUGAAAGACAAUCGAUAAUUUUCUAUCUCAGUCCAGAAAUAAAAUCAAUCAGUGUAGUUAAUCAAACAGGGAACAUAGAUAAUGUAACAUUGAAAACUCCUUUAAACCCAGUAACUAAAUCAGUUCAGUUCAUAGGCGUCAUACUUCCACCGAAUACUAUCGAUGUCACAUUUUCCAGAGUAUACAUCCAAGAUAAUCCAAAUUAUUGUCUAUUCGAUACAUGGUUUAUUGAUUCGGUAAUUGUCCUUCCACCUGGAAAUAAUAGUUUGAUCAUGAAGUUUUCUGGUCCGUCUCUAAAUAAUGUCUAUUACGGAUAUAUACAAUAUUUGUUUGCUUACUACAACGGUUCAAAUAUAGCAAAUAAUUAUCCUGUGAAGUUUAGUAAUCUCACAUACUUGGACAACAAUUCCUCGUCUUCGGAGUUCACAAUGACAAGUCAGAUAAGUGUUUCUUCCGCUCCUGCCAAUGAUUCAAAUGACUUCAGUAUUAGGAUGCGAUUCCAAGUUGGUCUUUUCCCUCAAAUGUCGAUUCCACCAAUAGGUACCAAUUUAACAGUCAGAAUGGAGGCAUUGUUGACUCCAAAGAUUACCGUAGAUAUUCCCAUGAGUGUUUCCUCGAACUGUCCGAUUCAAUAUGAUUCAGUCAACUUUACCAAGUGUCCACCGCAAGUGGAAGUAGGUGUUUAUGACACUACUUUGCCAAUGAUGAAUCGAUCAGUUCGUCUAACAGUUUUUAUUCAGAUAUAUAGACCAAGUUUGGUAUCCGUUAAGUUUGAAGCAAAAAUCUCACCAUUAGGUAAGAAUUCUACAGUGAAUUUUUGUGAGAGCCAACUCAUAGCAUUUGCAGGUCCUAAUUUGGUUGCGAAUAAUGUCUUGACAUUAAAGGAUACCUCAGUCGUGAAUCAAGCUGAAAAGUUACAAUUCUUUAAUCUUCAACUGAGUAUUCUGCCUUCUACGACAGCACUUUAUAGUAUUUAUCUUGCUAAUACUGGUAAACUAAAGACGGAACAAUGUUCCGUGGAUUACUUGUUAACAGAAAAUAAUUCAACUAAGAAAGUCUCUAAAACUCCUGUAGUUACCAUUGAAAAAGUCGAACCACGAAAUUCACAACCAACAGUAAACUUUAGUACAAUUGUAGAAGUUCGAGUGAAAUUCGUUAAAGACUUUGUCUACAUGCCGAUAACUUUUCAACUACAAGUAGAUUCAAAUGAAGCAAUUAUAAUCAGACAGAGUAUUCAAACAAUUGGAUAUCUAUUAAAAGGUGUAGCACUUGUGGCCUAUGAUUUUUCUGUUAAACCUAAUUUGGCUAGAUUGCAAAUAAACUCGGUGUAUUUCAAUGAAUCAUGUACAGAUGCUCAGUGUGAUAUUGCAAUGCGUUAUUCGAUAAUUCCAAUCACCACAAAGCCUUUGAUAAUCACAUCAACAUUUACCUCUGGUGUAUCCAACUUUACGAAAACAUUAACUAUUACUCCACGAGAUAACUACUCUACUGUGUUGUCAUCAAGUCAGGCUCCAGGAGUUGAUCUAAUUUCUAUUGAUUCAAAAACAGUCAGAAAUCAAGUUAUACCGAACUAUUUAACAUCACUGAAGUUAACGCUAACUCUCAAACCCAAUGUAUGGCAGUCGAUAUAUUUUCAACUUUAUGCUCCAGGUGCCUACCAAGAAUACAUAUUAGUCAAGCCAAUAAUGCUAAGCCAAUCAACAUCAUUGCCAUAUGUCAGCUCAGUUUCGAACUCUUUGGAAAAUAUGGUUUAUAUCAGUAUAGAUAAAGCUUAUUACGAAGGAAUUGCAACCGAUCAAACGACUUCGGCAGCAAAUCAGUUGACUUACUAUAUCCCAAUGUUCACUGCGAAUUCUGUCAGACCACUGGUCAAUUUCACUUACAAUCUGACAGUCAAUUCAAUCUCUAUAUUUGGUAAUUUCAUAUUUAUUACCACUACUCCAGCAGGAUUUACUACAACUCUUACAAAUACUUGGACUUUAAAUUAUCCAAGUACCAUGGAUGGAUAUAAACAAAUGUGUACUGGAGGACCGUUUCAAUUUAUGUUGAGUAUGUGUCCGAUUGAAAGACGUUGUUCGUUCUAUACAUACUGGAUCAACAGAAUUGUGAAUGGUAGUGCAGCUCUUAAUAUUACAAAAGUAAUUGUACAACAAGUUGAUCCAGAUGUGUGGUUAUCAACCUCGUUCUCUUUAAAUUUGACAUCUGAACGUAGUUAUGUGAGAGUGGAUUACGGCCCAUUAUGCACCAUCAAUCAAAAUUCUUACUGUACGCAAUUUAAACAUACUCUUUAUUUAAUGGGAGAUUGCAAUGUGACAACGACAAUAAAAUACACUUUCCCAACAUUUGUUAAUAUCAGUGGGAGUACAAAAAAUUUUACCGCCCAGACUUUGGUAUUGAGUCCAAUACCAAGUUUCCCAAUAUACACCAAGAUUAUGAUUGAAGUAAGUCCAUCUAGUGUAACGCUGCAGCCAGGUCAAAUAACAACUAUCAAUGUGAAAUAUAUAUUCCCACUGAACUCCACCUAUCUGAAAUCUACAAUACAAAUCAGUGGAACUGGAAGCAACAACACUAAUGAAUCUAUAAUAACUAUUGAAGAUUUUAAAAUAAGUUUGGGCUCUAACUUAUUUUACACAACAACUGCUUACUCAUCUAACUAUUUGUCCACUUAUCCAACCGAUCAAAAUGAUCAGUUGUUAAUAUACUUCGAAAAUAUCACAAACAUUGGUACGGUCAGUGUACCCUUAAUGCGAAACACUCUCAGUCUUUCAGUGGAUAUCCAGUUGAGUGAUAGUAAAAUUGUAGAAAACGGAACUGUUUGGCCGUUGCAAAUCACUGGUCGAUUCAAUGCUGUCACUAAUAUUAGCAAAAUAUCUGUGAGUUGUGUAAGAACAGGGUCAGAAAAACCAUCAAUUCAGGUUGUCCUAUCUCAACUGUCAUCGUUCACAUUCAGUGAUUAUCCUGAUAGAGAUGUGGUGUAUCUUCAGACAACCGUUCAAAUGAUGAAUGGUACCGGAUUGGAAUGUGAAAGACAAUCGAUAAUUUUCUAUCUCAGUCCAGAAAUAAAAUCAAUCAGUGUAGUUAAUCAAACAGGGAACAUAGAUAAUGUAACAUUGAAAACUCCUUUAAACCCAGUAACUAAAUCAGUUCAGUUCAUAGCAGGACGUUUAUAUUUCGGUGCAAAGUAUGAAGUCAUCUUUAGUCUGAAAUUUAAUCCAUCUCGUAGUACAACCAUUGUGAAAUAUCCAAUUCUAGUCGAAAUUGUGUGCAAACCCUAUGAACGUGGUAGUCCCGUAGUGGAUAGCUGCGCAAAACAAAGGUUUUACAAGUUCAAAUCUCAUCUGCGUAUUCAACUUGACUACACAUAUCCUCCCAACUUACCUCAUUACGUUGCAAUGCGGAACCCUUUGGUACAGUUGCCCGACCGUCAAGCGAAUACAUUUCUAAAUGUUGGUGAUCUUUUGUUUUAUUGUGCACGUGCGUUUAGUAUGAAGGGUUCAUUAGAUUUGGUGAGACGAUGUUUCAAGAUUGGUAAAUUGCCUGAAAGAAUUUGGUUUGAUGUCGGACCAUCUGUUGAACAGAUUAUAGCGUACACAAAUCCACUUGGCAUAUUGUUCGGUUUGGGAGCAAAUGGUGGAGGUGUAAUGAUGAGUAAGGAUUUGGGGAAAACAUGGAUUUCAAUCAACUCAUUCAUGUAUCAAAGAACUUUGAAUACGUCGACUGAAAUCAUUACAGCAAGUGUCAUACCAUGGAUUUCAUCAACUGGAUCAAUUGACAAUACACUGUCUGAGUCAUUUUGCAAGAUGCGAGUGGCUAAUCAAUGGAAUGUAUGCAUCAACGCCAUUUAUGCAAGUCAACUUCUAUUGGCAGACUGGACUAACACCUGUCCAAACACCAAGCCUUUUUAA